AUGAUCAACCUUGCGUCCCCGCGCCAGCGUGAAUCUGUUCUGCUUGUGCCGUCUGCAUCUGCGUCGACCGAAAGUUCCGUCCUAAGCCGAUCUGGGAAUGGGGCCUCGCUGGAGACCGUCCGAACUCUGAACUGGAGGGAACCCGCCACGGGAACCUCGGCGGACGGACGAGCGGCCUCACCGCAUGUUGGCGACACCGCCGUGUGGGCCCAACGACGCCAUGGCGAUUGGGCAUCGGGGCCAGGCUUCCUUCCUCGAGACUCAUCUUCACCUCACCAGUUGGGUCUCAUGCACGGCCGGGACGAGCAGAGCGCAGAGACCUCGAGAGGAGGAUUGCGCGAGACCCUCAUACGACUCCAAUCGGUAAGCUCAGCAGCUGUCGCUAUCAUGGCACACACUGCACCAGAUUCACUCACAGUAGUCGACGGGUCUAUACUCGACUACUCUCCACAUGAGUAG